AUGUGUGGAAUUAUUGCUUUGAUCCUGGCGAACCCCUCCGCCGCUGCCGCAGUUGAUCUUCACGAGGCCCUGUAUCUCCUGCAACAUCGUGGUCAGGAUGCUGCCGGUAUCGCGACUUGUGCGUCUGGUGGUCGCAUCUUCCAGCUGAAGGCCAACGGCAUGGCUGCUAAGGUUUUCCACGACGGUGCCAAGAUUGCCAAUCUGCCUGGUUCAAUGGGUAUUGCCCACCUGCGGUACCCUACUGCUGGUAGCAGUGCCAACGCCGAGGCGCAGCCCUUUUACGUGAACAGCCCUUACGGUAUCUGCUUUGCGCAUAACGGAAACCUGAUCAAUGCGCCCGCACUUAAGAAGCACCUUGAUCUCGAGGCGCACCGUCACAUCAACACCGAUAGUGACAGUGAGCUGAUGCUUAACAUCUUUGCUGAUGAACUGAGCGAGACAAAGAAGGCUCGUGUGAACAAGGAGGAUCUCUUUGCCAGUUUGAGCCGUGUUUAUGAGCGUUGUGAGGGUGGCUGGGCCUGUACUGCUAUGCUUGCUGGUUUCGGUCUGAUUGGUUUCCGUGACUCAUACGGCAUUCGCCCCUUGGUUCUUGGUUCUCGCAAGUCCCUGGAUGGUGAGGGUACUGAUUAUAUGAUGGCCUCUGAGUCGGUCGCUUUGGACCAGCUUGGUUUCAGCAACCACCGUGACAUCCAGCCCGGUGAGGCUGUUAUUCUCGAGAAGGGUUGUGAGCCGGUCUUCCGCCAAGUCGCUCCCAAGCGCGACUACGCUCCUGAUAUUUUCGAGUACGUCUACUUUGCUCGUCCUGACUCCGUCAUGGACGGUAUUAGUGUGUACCGUAGCCGUCAGCGCAUGGGCGACCGUCUUGGUGCCCGUAUUCUUAAGGUUCUGGGACCCGAGGUUGUUAAGGAUAUUGACGUUGUCAUUCCUAUUCCUGAGACUUCUACCACAUCCGCCAGUCAUGUUGCUUCAUACCUGAACAAGCCUUACUGCCAUGGUUUCGUUAAGAACCGUUAUGUGUUCCGAACCUUUAUCAUGCCUGAGCAAAAGACGCGCCAGAAAGGUGUCCGUCGUAAGCUCAAUGCCAUGAAAGCCGAGUUCAAGGACCGCAAUGUACUGCUUGUCGAUGAUAGCAUUGUUCGUGGUACUACCAGUCGCGAGAUUGUCAGCAUGGCCCGUGAAGCAGGUGCCAAGAAGGUCUACCUGGCCAGCUGUGCUCCCGAGAUCACCCACCCCCACAUCUACGGUAUCGAUCUGGCCUCACCCCAAGAGUUGGUGGCCCACAACCGUGACAGCGCGGCCAUUGCUCGCCAUAUCGGUGCCGAGAGUGUUGUGUUCCAGACACUCGAAGAUCUUAAGGGCGCCUGCUCUGAGGUCGCCCUUGAGAAUGGCCAGACAGAGCCUGUCAAUUUUGAAGUUGGUGUCUUCUGUGGAAAGUAUGUCACCCCUGUGGGCGAUGGCUACUUCGAUCACCUCGAGGAGGUUCGUGGUGAAGGCCGCAAGAACAAGGCUCUCGACAAGGCGAAGGAGGCUGUUGCUCAUGGGUUUGCCAGCACCACUGAUUACCAGAUUGCCGCCAAGGGUGUCGCAGUGGAUACCAAUGGCAAGAUUAUCCCUGCCGAAGAUGAUAAUGAGCGACAAAACGAGAACAAGUCAUCCCAUGAAGAGCACCCGAAGGUCGAUGACCGCAUGGACAUCAGCAUUCACAACCAGGCUGACCACCCAUGA